AUGGGCGGGGGCAUGAUGGGGGGGAUGCGCGGCACUUCGGCCGACAGCAUGUUCGCGCCGUCCAACGACAACCUGACCGACGAAGAAGUCGUGGGACGCGUCUACGACAACCGCGUGGUUAAACGGUUCGCUACGUAUAUCGGCCCCUAUCGCAAGUACGCGCUGAUCGCGCUGGCCUCGCUGCUCACCUAUGCGGCGGUGAACGCGUCCAUUCCCUUGCUCAUCAAGUACGGCAUCGACUGGGCCGUCGCCGGCGGAAACGUCAAUCGGGUGCAUGUCAUUGGCGCGGCCUUCAUGGUCAUUACCGUGAUCCAUUUCCUGUCGAACCGGCUGCAGUUCAUCUUCAUCUCGCUUACUGGUCAGCACAUCCUGUACGACCUGCGGGCGGGAAUGUUCAGCCACCUGCAGAACCAGUCCAACUCGUUUUACCACCGGACACCGAUCGGGCGGAUCAUGUCCCGGAUGCAGUCCGACGUAUUGCAGUUGCAGGAAACCUUCGAGUUAAUGGCGCUGGCGUUGGCGGAACUCGUCACGGUCGGCGCGAUCAUCAUCCUGAUGCUGGUGAUCGACUGGCAACUGGCGUUGGCGUGCAUGCUGGUGGUACCCAUCCUGACCUUGAUCCUCAUGUACUGGCAACGGUUCGCCCGACAUUCUUUCAUGCGGAUACGGCGCGCCAUAGCCAUGGUCAACGGCGAGUACAACCAGAACAUUACCGGCGUUCGCGUGGUGCAGAGCCUCAACCGGCAGGACGAAAACUUAGCUCACUUCCGAACGUUGAACAACGAAUAUCUGGAUGCCAACCUGGAAGCCGCGCGCUACUCCGGAAUGUUGCAACCAAUGGUAGAGUUGCUUAUCGGACUGGGGAUCGGUGUAGGCGUGGUCCUGUUUGGUGGCUUCCUGCUACAGCGGGAUGCCCUGGAGGUGGGGACACUCGCGGCCUUUGCACUAUGGAUCCAACGGUUCUUCGAGCCCAUACGACAACUCACCAUGCAGUACAGCCAACUGCAGCGAGCGAUGGCGGCCGGCGUCCGCAUCUUUGAGGUGCUGGACCUGCAACCGGACGUCACGGACAAACCCGACGCCUCGAUCCUGCCGCAAGUUGACGGAGAGAUCCGAUAUAACGACGUCGUCUUCCACUACACGCCGGGUACCGACGUUCUCAAGAACGUCAACCUGCACAUCAAAGCCGGCGAGAACGUCGCUCUCGUAGGAUCGACCGGCGCGGGAAAGAGCACGCUGGUCAACCUCCUGCAUCGGUCGGCCGACGUGACCGGGGGAUCGAUAACCGUCGACGGGCACGACCUACGGGACGUGACCCGGCAAUCCCUGGUACACCAGAUGAGCAUGGUGCUACAGGAACCGUACCUUUUCUCCGGUACGGUGCGGGAGAACAUCUGCUACCAGAACGCGGGAAUUACCGACGAGGAGAUGAUCGCCGCAUCAACAGCAGUCGGCGCCCACGACUUCGUCAUGGAACUGGCGAACGGAUACGAUUCCGAGCUGGCCGAGCGUGGCGUCAAUCUGAGCAUCGGUCAACGACAGUUGAUCAGCUUUGCCCGGGCCAUCGUCGGCAAUCCCCGGAUACUGGUGCUGGACGAGGCCACGGCCAACAUCGACACCCACACCGAAUUGCUGAUCCAGCGGGCCUUGAACCGAAUCUUGAAGGACAGGACGUCGAUAGUGAUCGCACACCGCCUGUCGACCAUUCGCAACGCCGACAAGAUCGUGGUGUUGGACCAGGGACGCGUGGCCGAGGUAGGCUCCCACGACGAGUUGCUGGAAUCGGGUGGCGUGUACGCCCAGCUAUAUGCCAUCAACUACGGGCUGUCCGGGCCAAGCAUCGAUGUUGCGCCGGUCGGCGGGGAAGUCAUAGGCGCGGACGGACUGUCGCCGGCAGCUGCCGACUGA